AUGGCUUCCGGGGGUGUGCGAUUUAUCGGACUCGAGGUGGGCCUCUCGGAUGAUGAGCCUAUGCUAUUCGGAUCCGGGGUCGGCUGCGCGAUGCCCUUCUUCAUUGAUGGUGCAGGCGGCGAGCGUAUAGUUCAGGUUGGCGCACUGAGGGACCGCGAUUCUCUCGACCUCCAACCAGCUGGCCUACAGCUGUCAACGAAUUACGGACGAACUGCCACAUUUGCGCCCCUUGAUCCUUAUCCUGACACCAUUGUUGAAAACAUUGCCCUUCCGACACCUGAUAGUGUCAUCGCCGGGUUUAUAGUGGCACAGGCGUUACACGUCAAAGGCCACACUAAUCGGCUGAUCCGGCUCGGCAUCCAAACCCAAGAGUGCGAGAAGCAGAUGAUCGCCCCACAGAUGCUUGGUUUUGAGUACUAUCAUAUCCCUCCUGACAAGUUGAGAUACGACAACGAUCACUUCGCUGAACUCAUAGGACGCGGAGAAACUACUAACCACCACACCUAUGCCUCACUCAAACAUGUACAGAAAAUCAGCGCAUCCACAGACUUUGAGGGCGGAUCCCGAUCCUCUCGUCAUAGAUGUGGUUUGAAAUUCGACUACUAUAACCACCCCACUCCAGAGGUUGUAGGCCAGUGGAUGAGAGAGCUCGAAGAUGGGUUCGAAAUCGGCUCAGAUGAGGACAUGCGGUUAUUGACGAUAUGUGUCAAGCCGUGUGACAAUUCGCUCCCGGAUUUCGACUUCCAUCCGGCUCAAUUGACGCACCACCAGUACCAGAGUGAUGGCGAUGGAAGCCUGAUCGCUAUCAUAUGGAUUCUAAAUCCGAUUUCGACUCCUCCUUUUGAUCAGAUCCAGAAGAUAUACUUUGACAGAGCUAGCGCGAACGGCAAUAGAGAAAACGCGCUUGCGGUGGAAGCCUAUUUCCGCGAUUGUGUAAUCAUCGGAUUUGAAUUCGUCUAUACCUCGGGAAGAAGGGCCAAGACAGGCAAUCUUGAAACCGACACGUAUCGAACGUACCAUUUUCCACCUGACGCCCGGAUUAUCCGCAUGUCGGCCACGACUGUCAAAGAGCAGCUGACGGAGCUGCAGUUCGAGAUCGAACGCGAGACUGACCUUUCUCAGGUUCGCCGACUGGUGGGCUCCAUCAAAUCCUCGGACGAUCCGAUCGGAGACGUAGACCUUCUUCGGGAUGUCUGGCGAGAGGUAUGGUGCCCGCGGGAAAUGUGCCAGCAUACUCGUGAGCUGGUGGAGGGCGCGGCCGUUCAUGGAAGGCCCCAACAGCGUCAAGGCUCGUGGGAAUGUCCGUCAGUUGUACAUAUUUUAGCAAGGUUGGCGCAGUCUAUGAGCCUGAAGGCGAGCAGCAAGAAGGAAAAGUCGGUCGACGGAUGUCUCCCUCAUCCGGCUCAUCGCAUUGAGACCUGUUUUCAGGGCCAGGUCUUUCACAAUAGAGACCUUGCAAGCACCUGGAAUCGGAGCCUCUCUCCUCAGUCGUGA